AAAAGUUAACAGCAUAUAAUUGCACAUUUCAUCCCACAGUUGAUGUAUGAUAUGAAAAAUAUGUAAUAUAAUCAUUGAUUUUGAUGUGAUUUGCCAAUAAUGUUAUGUCUUGAAACUAUUUUCAAUGCGGAUGUAGCGCACUUAUAACAUUGCUGUCCAAAGCAUUUCCUGUCUAAAUCUGAGACAAUAUCAGCCAGUGUUUUGUACAAAAUGUACACACUGUAACUUCAAAAUGGAUCAAGGAAGAUGACCGAAGAUAAUAAACAGAAUGAGGACUUCCUUGUGCAAGUGCAAGCACAAGUGAUGACGAGGGAUGAUUCUAGUGGUGGCUGGGUACCAAUGGGAGGUGGUGGACUUUCAAAUGUAGGAUUAAGACGUUUGUCUCGUCCUAGCAACAAUGGAGAGGAAACACCACUAACUGAAUAUUUGAUAUAUGGAGAAAGAAUAGUAGAUAAAUCUGUUGUGUUAGAUUGUGUACUUAAAAGAGACAUGAAAUACUUUAGACCAAAUCCCAAAUUUCACCAUUGGAUUACAGAUGAUAAACGAUUUGGAUUAACAUUUCAAAGAUCAGAUGAUGCCAAAGCCUUCAACAAAGGCAUAAAAAUUGCUGUUGCAGAUUUAACAGACGGCAAUUCUAAUCUGUCCAAUCUAGAUGGUGACGAAGAAGUGUUUGCUGUAAGUAGGAUUUUAGAUCUUCCCAUCCCUAGACGAGACUCAUCAUCACAAUCAGCCAGUACAACUUCAACAACUACCAGUAGUCCUACGCCACAGUCACCCUCAUCUCUCGUGUCAGGAAUGCCUGAUCCAUUUACAUAUACACAUUCACAUGCUAAUCAUCAUCAUCUGCACAGAGUGCAUUAUAUCACUUCACCACAUCGUUCAUCAGCUAGAUCGCCACCUAGUGACAGUUCUAAAUCAGACAAUUUAGAAAAGGAUGAAAUAUAUAUUAAAUCAGAUGAACCAACUUCUGUGGGAUCUAAGUCAGAUCAAGGAUUGUUAGAAAACGAUAAUGUUGAGACAAAAGAAUAUUCGUAUGUAAUUAUUGCCAAAAAAGAUCAACAUGAAUAUAGUUAUCCCACUUUAGAAUCUGUGCAAAAACCUGUUUCUAAGAGAGAAGCAAUGCACAAGUGUCAGACUUCUUUACCGCAUCAACAUCCACCAUUGCCGAAGAAAAAGCAAAAAGACAAACAUCGUACACAUUUGUUACAGAAUCAGAAAUCUCGGUGCAAAUAUUGCCGGGAACUGUUUUCACAUGACGAUAAUGCUCGUGGAAGUUGUGAAGAUGCUCCAGAUGGAGUAGAAAAGUGCAUUGAAUAUGUGACUUGUGUAUGGUGUGCUAAAGGGAUAAUUUACCAUUGUAUGGCAGAUCCCGAUGGUGAUUAUGGACACCCAUGUGUAUGUGAUACAAGUGAUAGGACAAAUUGUAAAAAGUGGACUGCUUUAACUAUUCUUUCACUUUUUUUGCCGUGCUUAUGGUGCUACUGGCCAUGUAUGGCAUGCCACAAAUGUGGUGUGUCAUGUGGCUGCUGUGGAGGUCGGCACAAAGCCUCGUAGUAAAAACUUUAUGUUUUGACUUUAUUCAGUCUUAAGGAUUAUGUUAGUUUUCUUUGGUUAAGAACAGUAGAUCUAUUUUGUUGAAUCUCUUUUUAAUCUAACUAGGGAAUAUUUUGAUCUCAUGUUAUAAAUUUUCUUUAUUUUCCUAAUUCCAUCCAACCUUGUUUCCAACAUAAUUGAACAUAUAUUAAUCAGUGCAUGUGUAUUCUCAGUGAUAAAAACUAAAAAUUAUUAUUUAGUAUUACAAAAACAACAGUGAUAGUCAUUUAUUUCGUAACUAAAAAUUCAAUUAACUUAAUUUCAUUGAAUGAAAAAACAAUGAUUCAAUUCUGUAAGAGCAUCAAUUGUCAUAGCAAACAUUAUCUAUAAAGCAAAAUUAAAAAAGAGCGGAUAGAAUCAUUAAUUAAGUUCAUAUUGAUUUCAGCUGUAGGUACAUGUAUAUGUUCCUUACAUGUAUUAAAAUAUGAGUUCAAAUAUUCUUUAUUUUAUAUGGAGUGUAGGAUUAUUUUUUGCCAUUUUCCCAAGGUGCCUUGUAUUCACAAAUAUUUGAUUAAAAGUUAUAUUCCAUUAAUGUAACAUACAUCUUUGUUUCAACAAUUAAAAGUACAAAUGUGUCUUGCAAUAAAAAAAAAAUAGAUAUUUAAAUUAUUGUUAGAUAUUUUGAUAAAAUUUCAAUUGACUACCGGUACUCUCAAAAACAAAUUGAUAGGUAGAGUCAUUUGUUGUUAAAAAAAAGUGCUGUAAAGUAUUGGUGCAUGAAAACUUAGUGCUUUCAUUUUAUCAUAUUGUAUAAAAAAAACUUUAAUGUUCAAGUGUUGAGGUUAAGGUUGAUAAAAGUUUCUACCUCUGACUUUGCUUCAGUGAGUGUUUUUUCUUGUUUAGAGAUUUCUGCUUGCUGCUACUGAAUCAAAGAACAUUAUUGAAAUGCUUAAUAUUUUCUUAAUACUUCAGUUGUAUAACUUUAUGACUCUAUAUAGAAACACUAGUAAAAAAGACCAGUAACCCCCUCCACCCCACAAUAAAAAUAACUCCAUCUCACUGGUCAAAACCUCUGGCAGAUACAUUGAAUUUCAAUAUUGUACCUCUGGCAGUUUCAUUGAAUUUCAAUAUUGUAAAAAAUGAAACUAUUUCUUUAUACAAAGCAAUUAAAUGAUCAAGAAAUUUCUGCAAGUAAAUAAAAAGUCUGUAACUCUUUGCACAAUUAAUCACAAUAAACAAAGUAUGUAAAAGAAGUUUUUCUGGUAAUAUUUUCUAUUAAAUUGAUGGUAAAACACUGUGAAGAUUAAGUUUAUUGUUAUUUUUUUUCGAUGAGUUGAAUUGGUGAUUUUUAUUUGUUACCAGACUUAUGCAAUUUGUCUGUUGGUAUAAUAUAACAUAAUCCAUAAGACUGAUGACAUUUUUAACUGUGAAUGUACAUUUUUAGCACUAUUGUUGUAUGUGCUCCAAUUUAAUAUGCACCUAUUGUUUUAAUCUUAUACUAUGCUCGCCUUUUAUACAGUACAUUUGUAAAAUAAGGGUUUCAUUUGUUAAUGUUUCUUUAUGUUUCUGUUAAGUUGUUAAGCUUUCUUUUUAAAUGGUGCUACUGUUUUUCUUUUCUUGUUUCAAGACUGAAUUACUUAUUUAAGAAUUGGUAUCGUUGAUGCUAUGUGAAAACAUUUUGUUUGUCUUUAUAAAUAUCUCUUUGGAUUUUAAGUUAAAUAUUGAAUUAGAAUGUUUAUAAAUAUGCAUGAUUAAAUAGAUAAGAAACUGUAUGUACGGACUAACAUAAUUUGAACACCUCUUUUGGUUAGUUAUAUAAAUGAACUGCUAAAUGUAUUUUAUCUCUGUCUUUCAACUCAUAAACAGGUCUAAAUAGAUUUACAUCAUAACAAUUAAAGAAAGAAAUGAAAUUCUGUUUUUGCAAACUUAUAGAAAGAAUUGUAUUUAUUAAGUGAUAAAUUUUAUUAUCUAUGGUUUUGAAAGCAAGAGGGAGUUUCUCUUCUAUAAUCUCAAUGAAGGGCAAGGGUGAUAGCCCUGAUAUGAGAUCUAGCCAAGAAACUUCCUCUUGCUUGACAAAACAUAGAUAAUCUGUAUAUCUUACCUAGGAUAUAUAAAUGAUGUCAGCACAAUAUCACUAUGAUGAGAUUAACCAAUCUCAGUCAAGUAGUUUGAGAUAGAAAAUUAUCACACAGAAAGUUCAAAAGGAAAAGUUAAGAAAUAGCAAUAAUUCAUUUUAGAAUAUUUCAUUGUGUGUUAUCCAGAUUCUGAUUGGUUACUCUAAUGUCAUUUAUAUAAAAAAAACAAAAAACUUUUAAAUCUAGAAUAACAUGAACUUUUUUUUGUUUUUUUGUUAUCUAUUCUUGCAUCAUAAUGUUUAUGAAAAGUUUCUCUUGCUACCUCAAUAGCAGUACUAUUACACAACUUCUAUUUGGCUAACUUAUUAGAUAUACAGAAUUCUCACUGCCUAAUCAUAGAAUAGCACCUGCCUUUCACACAUUUAUUUAGACUGCUAAUUGUUCACAGAAUAUUUUUUUUGAUUUUGGUAUAAACUCCCAAGUCACUACCAUUCAUAAAUUUCAGUCAACAUUGUUGUACUAAUUUUAAUUUGACAUUUUAUUAAUUCAGUCGGGAAAUGCCAUAUUUUAUUAAUUCAGUCUGGAAAUGCCAGAUGUCCAAGUACAAACCAUUGAUAAAUAAUAUUUUUUCAAAUUAAAGAGUUUGGAAAGAGCUUUAAUACUUGGAGACAUUACUUAGAUAUGAUCUACUUUGUGAAAUAUGAUAUUUAUUAAUCAAGGCGUUAAAAUUGAUAUACGAAUGUAGCGACAUUUGCAACUGACAACUUUCAGUUUUACUUCUGUCAAACAAAGUCUUCAACUCAAAAAUAUCAAAUACAUAUGUAUCUGAUUUAAUUUCAUGCAAAAUAUUCAAAAAAAAUUUAGUUGAAAAAAUAUAUGUUUUGCUUGUCUGAAUUUGUGUAACAUAUGUUUUAGUAAAUAUCUAAGAAAAAUAACUGAUAAUGAAUAUAUUAUCUUUUAUAAACAUGUUUACUUUUAAUUAAUUUCUCAAACAUUUCGUAAUUUUUUCGAUGCCUUUACUUUUCCUGUUUGAUUUUAAAGACUACAUGUUUAUUACUGACAUUUUUGUCAAAUUUUUAAAAGCUCUGAUAAAUUUUCCUACACAAGAUGCUGUUGAAAUAACUAGUAGAAAUUAUUUAAGAAAUUGAAAUUUGACUUGUACAUAUAUGUGGAAGGCAAAGAUGCAAUACAUUUAAGCAGGAAUUUUAAUACAGUAGUUCAAUGUCUAUUUUGUCAGAAAUGUCUAUUUAUUUGAAAGAGUCAGUGCUAACAGAAUGAUGUAUAGUUUGGUUUGGUGCAAGCAAGUAGUUGUCUAAAAAUCUUUUAUCAUUCAGAUUCAUCAAAUCUUUUUCUCCUGUCCUCUUAUUAAAUAGAUUUUUUAUUAUGGCAUUUUGUAAUUAGCAGUCAUGACUUACAUUAUGUGAAAUGGCAAACCCAGCAGAUGUGACAUUUGUAUUGAUAAAAGGGAGUGAACUCUUGUUUUACAUAUAACAUUUACCCAUGUGUUCAUUAAUUUGUUUAUUUUGUUUUGUUCGCUCAUUUUGCAAUUUUAUUUGUCAUUUUAGCUUUGUCAGAAUACUUUUUGACCUUAUUCAUUUCUACAAAUUUGGAAGUAAGGAUCAAACUCAGGGAGAAAUCAUUUUAUUUUGCUUGUAUUAAUGCAAUAUAAAGUCAUCAUAUAAAAUUUCAUCAACUGAUUUCAAGCUAGUAUAGUUGUACAAUCUCUACCAUUUUCUUAAUUUAUUUAUUUAUCUUUUUUUUUUUGCUGUACAAUUUUUCCAUUUGAUAGAAAAUAAUUAUAUUAACCCAAAGUAGAUACUUUUAGAAAAAUGCACUUAAAUCAUUAAAUGCUGUAUAUAUAAUCUUUAUUCCAUACUAAAGUAUUGUUUUUCAAAUAGAAAUUAUCCCUGAAAAUCUGAUUUUACUAUUUGUUGAUUUACCACCUAUCAUUAGUUUAAGUUUUGCAGAAAAUUUAUAUAAAAGUUUUUCAUUUAAUUGCCUAAAAUAGAAUGUAGAACUGGGUAUUGGACAAUUUUUUUUUUUAUUAAAUAGAUGUGUCUUUAUCCGUAGGAGAUCCUGGCAUAUCCAAUGUGUUGUGGUUCCUUCCUUUUAUCACUGCAUUUUGGUCUGUUAACAGGAAUUUAUUUGGAAUAAGCACAACUUGUAUGUGCCUAUUCAAUUAUUAGAAAUUUAAAAAAAUAUUUUAACACUUAACUUUAGCAUCUGUUAGAGAGUCGUGUAAUAUUACAUCCAGAGACAGUUUUUAAAAUUACUUUAGUCUACUUGCAAUCUGAAAAUACAUUAGAUACUUUGAUUUAAACAGUAAUUUGUACUUAUUAUACUUAACUUAAAAUUCUGGAACUAUGUUGCUUUUAUAAGAAUAUUUUUUAAUUCACAAAUUGAAAUCUAUGAAUGAAAUUGAUUUUUGAUCUCACAAAUGAAAAAUUGAUUAUUUAUUUAAAAGAAUAUGAAAAAAAAGUUCAUAUUGUCUUAUUUGAAUUAUGAAUGAAAUGAAUUUAAAUUACAUUUAUAUAUUAAGAUUCUUAUAAACAGGACUGUCAAGUAAUUUAAGACUUUAUUAACUUUUAUACAAUUAAUUGAGGUAUGUAUCAAUGUUAGUUACCAUGACACAAUGUUCUAUUUUAGUACGUAGAAUUAAUUUAUUAUUAAAAGGUUGUAGUUUAAGCUGCAGGAAGCAGUUCUAUUUUCCUACAGUUAGCUUUCAGUAUUUUUAAAGCAAUUUGUUGAUGUUUAUUAUCUUUAAGAUUUUGUGAUCAUGAUUUUAUUAUUAAGUGGAAAGCAAGAGAACAGAUAGAGCUUCUAGGCUUACAGUUUUAUGUCAUGCAUUUAUUUUAUUUUACUUUUUUUUUUCAUUUUAAUUGUUUUAUUACAAGUUAUUAAAAAGUGUUCUUAUUAACAUAUUUGUUAAAUGAUGAAAGUGUGUGUGAUUGUGAAUGAAUGGUGAAUACCACCAGAGAAAUGCAAAUAUUUCCACCGUCGUUGUAUUUGAGUUUCUUAAGGGUAUAUUGUGAUUGUGAUGCUAACAUAGUCAACAUCAGUAGCUUUUUUACUUUUUAAUUGUCAAUUUUUACUAAAGGGAGAUAAUAACAAAAUCAUUGUGGCCUGAACCAAAAGAUAAAUAUGUCCGAACUUACUGUGUGAGAGAGAGAAUUAAACAAGAGAUUAGACUGUAAUUUUAACUCUAUGUACAUAAAAUCUUUUUAAAGUGGUAACAAAAAAAAUAUAUAUUCUGUAACACUGAAGUUGAUGAAGUUCCAUGUGUCAACUCUUUCGUAAAGUUGCAGAAAGAUCAACUAUUUUAAAAGUUCUUAAAAUUUUCAAUAAAAGCAAAUAUUUUUUGGUAACUGCUUUAAAAGACAUUGUAUCACAUAAUAUUGUAAACAUACAAAUACAUUUGAGGAAACAUAUUACAUGACAUGUUGAUGUGAUUCCAAUGGGUCAUGUAUUUUAUGGUAUAAAAGAAAUUUGUUACCACUUUAGGAUGAAAUCAGACGUACAUAGUUCAUAAACUUUUGCAUUUCAUUGUUAUUUUCAUAUCAUAUGGUCCAAUCUCUUGUUGUUAAAUGAUUUUGUUCAAAUUUAAUUGUUUUUCAACUUUUGACCUUUAACUUGUUGCAGGCAGCUGUUUACAAGGAUACAAUAAUGAAUACUUAAUUAGUUUUAAAACUAUAUAGAAUACUUGAAGAUAGUAUAAGCAGUAUGAUUUACCCUCAACAGAAUCAAGUUUAAAUGUGGAAAGCUUGCAAUUUUAAAGUGUUCUUCACUGUACUUCUACAUCAAUCUGGUACAUAGUAAAAUACAUCUGUAUUUUAUUAUUUAAUAUAAUAAAAAUAAUCAUGACAUAAGACUUACAAUCUGUUUUGGUGUUG